AGUAUUUUUGUCCACUCUCGGCUAUCUGACAUCGACACGUCGAGUCUGAAGAUCCGGGAAGAAACCAGGAAGUGCAGUUAGCUAACAUCAGGCGAAGCUCCAGCUGAAUCAGUGCGUCUGUUUGUUCUGUUCACUGAACGGUAACGGGAACGGGAACGGUACUGCACAAUGCCUCAAAUCCAGACACCGAGGAUCCAAGCCGUGCACACCAGUGCGAGUGAUGGAUUGGAGGGGUUCAAGGCACAUGCUGUGUUCCAGGAAAUCAACAAGAAGCUUCAGGAGGAAGGGGAGCAGUUUGUGAAAAAGAUCGGGGGAGUGUUUGCCUUCAAAGUCAAGGAUGGCCCAAAUGGACAGGAGGCAACAUGGUUUGUGGAUGUGAAGAAUGGCAGUGGCUGUGUUCACAAUGACACGGCUAAGAAAGCAGAUUGCACAAUUUCCAUGUCGGAUACAGACUUGUUGGCCUUGAUGACGGGGAAGAUGAACCCACAGACUGCAUUUUUCCAGGGCAAGCUGAAGAUCACAGGAAACAUGGGACUGGCCAUGAAGCUCCAAAGCCUGCAGCUGCAGCCGGGCAAAGCCAAGCUGUAGACGAGACGUCGAGCCAGCUGUAACUACACCUCUGAACACUGAAUAGAGUUAACCACGAUGAAUUUAACAGCAAGUCCGGUUUGAGAUAAAUGUUAAAGGUCUGUGAACCUACUCAUCACCGGACUGAACCACCUCCUAAUGAACUCACUGACCAAGCAGGAGAUUAGUCAGCAGCCCUGCCAAUAUAAUUGGAGAAUAAGAAUAAAUGGACAGAUAAUUAAUUCUCUAAUUAAGUCCCUCUCAUGAUAAUGCUGGCAGUACACUGGAGUAGAGACAGGUGCUCCCUACUAAUUCAGUUUUCUGUCCAGUUUUCAGUAACUUUCCUGUUGCUAAUGAAAUUUUUUUUGAGUGUAUUACGUCUGGAAAUGUUUUUGAGUAGAGCAGAUUGAUGUCAUUUUCCACAAUCAUGGACACAACAGUUUAAGUGCCUCCUCGUCUCAGACUCGCAAGGUUUUUAGCCAGCAGUACAGAAAUGUUUUUCACUGUGGCCACCCAAUGUUUUAAUGGAGGGGGUUGUCAUUUUCUGCAGUGCUAUCAUUACUGUAUUAAGAUUUCUACUUAAUAAAUUUGUCUUUGCUGCACCGUC